UUGCUGUGAGUUUUAAAUGUUUGUGGUGGCUUGCUCGUCCACGCCUGGACACGUCGGAAAUAUUAUACGCAAUUUUCACAUCCUGCAGUCAUUUUGAUUCUGAUAAUAGAUUUCAAAAUAGUUGUUGAUUUCCAGAGCGCGUAGUUCGAGUUAAUCUCGUGGGCACCCGUCCUGACAUUGCACUAUUUUUUUAACUUGGGAAGGGGAUCAGCUUUGCAAGGAUCUUGACAAAGCUCGUCGAGGGUCCUACUUUGUUUUCUUUGCUUCUCUUGUGAUCUCAAAUUCUCUGGGGCCAGUAUUCAGGCUUGCGGGCGAAGUUGCUGUUGUACUUUGUUUCUGAGACGGGAAUAUCUUCUUCCGGUAAGGAGUUGCGGCAAGGUGGUUGUUUCGGGGUGCACCGAUCGUGGCGUAGGUGCUGCUGUUGAAGAUCGCAGAGAUGGCACAGGCAAAUAUUCCUGUAACUUUCUCAAAGGUCAUGGAUCUUGCAUUGGAGAUGAAGUUAUGGGGAUUGGAAAUUGAAGACAUUAGUGUUGUAGCUGAUAAUUACUUCAAUGCAAAGCAAUGCAUUAACCUGUUGGGUAAUUUACAAAGAGCAUUGCAAGAAGUGCAAGUUAUUAUUGGAUCAAAUCAACAUAUUUUUCAACCAUUAUUGGAGGAUUUGUCACGAAUUGUUUUGAAAGCAAUGAUGUUGGUUAAAAGUUGUUCAGGAGAUUGGCGAGAAGUUGCUUUGAUGCAAAGAAAAACAAAAGAGACUUAUCGGGAAUUGUUGAUGGAAUUAAAGUGGAUUAAUGACAUGAUUUUUGAAGUUGGAUUAAAGAAACGAUUGUGUGAAGAAAUAGAUCUUACAAGAGUUAAUCAAUUUAAUCCAUGUGAUUGGGAUGAAGUUGAGAGUGAUGAAAACCAACUUUAUGCAAUUCUAGAAGAAGAGCUAUCUAGAGUGUCUCUUAGCUCAAAAGAGCAUGAUUUAAUCAAGUAUAUUAGAUUAUGGCAAAAUUGCAUAAGAAAUUUUGAAAAGGGAGCAACAAAAAAAAUUAAUUUUCCAAACCUUCAUAUACGAGACUUUGAAACUCUUCCUGAACCCUUAACUAGUGGUACAUAUCUUUAUAUCUCAACAUGGUUGGGCCUUUGUACUGUUACAAAAGUUAUUAAAUAUGAUUAUGUUGAUCCCCAUGUUGAUGUUGAAAAAGAAGCAUCUAUCUUAUCUCAAUUAAAUCACCCAAAUAUUAUAAGAAUAUUUUAUUCUUACUUUCAUACAAAUGACAUGGGAAAAAAAAUUCUAAUUGGCAUGGAAAAAGGUGAUAUUGUUCUCACAAAGAUAUUAUUUAAAGAAAAGACAUUAAAGUUAUCUCUUUUAAAGAAAAUAGACAUUAUUGUUCAAAUUGCAAAAGCAAUGUAUUAUCUCCACAAUAUGAUGAUUGCUCAUCGUGAUUUAAAGCCUGACAAUAUUGUAGUUGUAGAUUAUGAAAAAACAAAGAAAAGAAGUGGUUAUUUCCAUGUGAAGUUAAUUGAUUUUGGAAUAUCCAAAUUUGAAGUAAAUGGUUUGGAAAUACCAACAAGAGGAGAGCCAUAUGGAACUUCUGGUUAUAUAGCUCCUGAGGCAAAACAAGUUUCGAAGACAUCACUUCAAAAGGUUGAUGCAUUUAAGGUAGAUGUUUUUAGUUUUGGAAUGGUUUGCUAUGACAUUUUGGUACAAGAAGAAGAUAAAUCUACUGAAGAUAAUAUUUCCAAGAGAAUACAAUAUAAAAUACAAAGAUUGGAAAAGUUUAGUUGUCCUUUGGAAUUCAGAUUAAUGAUUAAAGAUUGCUUGUUUGAAAAUGAUCCUUCAAGAAGACCUUCAUUUAAGGACAUUUUAAAAAGAUUGAUGGACAUAAAAAAAAUUGCCCUUGAAGAUCAACUUAAUGUUGGUUUGUCACAAUCAAACCAUGGAUUGUGGAAUUGUGUUCAUUUUCUUCAUAUGAUUUUACCAAUUUCUUUUGCAAGCUUGUGGAGAAUGACAACUAAAAUCCAAAAAAAUACAAAUAAUAGUAGAUCCAUCAAUUUCCAUUCAAAUAUUGACAACACUUUUCCAAAUCAUCAAAAUGCAAUAAGUUUACAAUCACGGAUUUCAGAACUAGAAAAAGCACUUGUGAAGAAUUCUAUGGUUGGUGUGGUUGGAAUUGCUGGUAUUGGCAAGACUACAUUAGUAAAUGCUUUCAAAGAAUAUUAUCAAGAAAAAAUAUUGAAGCAAAAAAAUUCCUUGCCCAUUGCAAAUUACCAUACAAAAAAAAAAUAUUUUGGUAAUAAAUAUUUUAUACAUGAUAUAAUUAUAAUGGAUUUGAAAAAUGAAACCUUAAAUGAAUUGAAGAAGAUUUUGAAAUAUUUAGAUAACAAAAUAGAGGUCCAAAAUCUUAUAGAAGGAAAAAGCUUUUUAACAAAUAUCCUUCAAAAACAAAAUAUUAUUUUGAUCUUAGAUGAUGUUUCAAGUGAAGAUAUUCUACAUGAAUUAAUAGAUGUGACAAUGUUUGGCACAAAUAGAAGCAAGUUGAUAGCUACUAGUCGGACAUGGGAAGUUUUAAAAAAUAUUGUAAAUGAAAGAAAUAAAAUUGAAUUGAUUUCACUUAAAGACAAUGAAGCUAUGGAAAUAUUUUCCAAGUAUGCUUUCCAAGAUGGACGUCCUAAUAUACCUCACUUAUCCAAAAUAUCCAUGGCUGUUGUCAAAGCUUGUGUUGGACAUCCUUUGACAUUACAAAUUGUGGGAUCUUCUUUACAUAACCAAACAAGUCUUUGUGUAUGGGAGCUAGUUAUUCAAAGAUUGAAAAGGGCUUCAAAAUUUCUUGGCUCAAAUAAUCCUUGGACAAGACUAGAGCCUAUAUAUGAAGCCCUUAAUGAUGAAGAAAAGACCAUGUUUUUGGAUAUAGCAUGUUUCCAUUGUAAAGAUAUAUGGAAUGAAAAUAUCAAUGAAGAUAUAAUUAUUCAAUUUUAUAAAUAUGAAUUCAAGAAUGCUAAAGAAAUUAUUACAAGCCUCAAAGACAAGUCAUUCAUCAAAAUAGAUUCAUUUGGAUAUAUAAGUAUUCAUGAUUUGCUUCGUGACAUGGCUCGAAGAAUUUCUAGAGAAAAUUUUGAUGGAAUUCGGAGAUGGAAUGAAAGUGAUGGAUCAUUUGUUUGUCAUGCACAAAAGGUAUGAUACUAAAAUCAUUAUAUUAUCUAAGAUAAUUAU